AUGACAAUUGGAAGACCGGUAAGUCUUUGCACUACGUUGGUUAUGGUUUUAGGAGAACAGACCAGUGGUAAGAAGAUAUCAACAGGAAGGAUUUAACGAGCCCGUACAAUAUAGAGGAGAUCAGCCGGAAAGCAAAGAAAGAAUUCGACCAGUCGAAAAUGAUAGCAUACAGCAUGUUGUUCCAGUACAAAAUGUGGAUAACGUGUUUAGAAACAAUGACACUAGGAAGCAGGGAAGCCUUGGGUCAGCCGAUUUUAUUCCAGAAAAACGUCUUGUACAUCUGGACCUAAAGGGUGGUGCUUACAGAGUAAGUUUUACCAUGUUUUUUAUUUUUUUUAUGUGAAGUUGCGUAUUUAUGUAAUGGUAUCUUAAUGUUUUUGCAAGUUUACUUAUCCUAUUUUUCAUGUUUCAGCCGGAGUUUUAUCCCAAGUUGUUUGAUCUGUUUUUAAAAGCAGAGUUUACUGGUAUUCUACUGGAAUGGGAGGAAAUGUUUCCAUUUACAGGAAAAUUGCAAUCUGCUGUAAAUGGAGAUGCCUAUACGUUAGAUGAGGUAAGAACGUUUAAAUUUUUGAAUUAAAGGCUAAUUUGAUGUAAAAUUCGGUUCAUACUUAAUUAUAUCAUGAACCAUUUUGAAAUUUAUGUUUUGAAAUAAGUUUUAUCAAUAUUUUUUCCAGGUAAAAGGUAUUCUGAACGAAGCCAAAAAACGGAACCUCGAAGUGAUUCCUCUAGUCCAAACCUUUGGUCAUUUGGAAUGGCUUCUGAAGUUGAAGGAGUUCGUUCACUUCCGAGAAGACCCUAAAUAUGCCAAUGUUAUUUGUUUUGGACGAGAAGAGAGCUUUGAUCUAAUCAAAGAUAUGAUCGACCAGGUAGCAAAUGUACAUAAAGAGUUUGGAAUGACAUCCUUUCACAUGGGGGCUGAUGAAGUAUAUCAUGUAGGUAUCUGUGAAGAGUCAAGAAAGAAGAUGGAUGAACACAAAGGAAAAGAUCGUGUUAUUUUAUGGCACAUGUCUAGAGUAGCUAAGUACAUUCAGGAGAAGCACAGCGUGAACGUGCUGGCAUGGCACGAUAUGUUUGCCCACAUAAUGGAAAGUGACCUAAUGGAUUAUCGAAUGACAUCUCUAAUUGAGCCAAUGCUGUGGAGUUAUGCCGAAGACCUAGAUUACUACCUUCCUUAUCAAACAUGGAUUUCCCUGAAGCCAUUCAAAAACGUUUGGGCUGCUUCCGCCUUUAAAGGGGCUGACGGACCAGGAAGGUGGAUAUCGAAUCCAAUGCAUUACAUCAAGAAUCACGAGAGCUGGAUCAAGCAGUUUGAAAGAGCCAAGACUGAAGUUAACAUUAGAGGGCUGGUAUACACAGGGUGGAGUAGGUACGACCAUUUGGCUACAUUAUGUGAACUUCUUCCUACUACAUUGCCGCAACUUCUGAUGUCUCAAGAAACGAUUUUGGAGGGAAAACCAUUGAAGGGUAACUAUAUGAGGACGAGGAAAUGGUUGGGAUGUCAGCCAACGACAGAGUUGGGCGACGCUUCGUUUGGGUGCCAGUUUCCUGGGAGAGAGGUGAGUGAUAAAUCCAGAUGGUAUCACUUUGUUAUGUUAAAAUUUAUUAUUUUUCUGUAUUAUACGGAUCAAAACUAAAUGUUCUGCUUUGAAAUGCUGAUGAUUAUGUUUUAGGUAUACGAAAUUGUCAACCGGUUUUAUCAGAAAAGAUUGGCAGCCGAAAAAUACAUCGCUGAAGACUAUGACUUUAAUGGGUGGAUGAGUAAGGUUGCAGAGGAGUUGAACUUUACUUCUCCAAUGAAACUUGAGGUACGUUGCUGCACUUUAGAAUUAAUGAAUUUUUUUUGCUUUAUUUUUAAUUGUUCUAUUAAUUAGCUACUAGUAUAUAUACUAAUGUUUUACUUUUAGACAAUUAUACCAUUAAUCGACCAACAUUUGAUGGAGCUUCAAGCAACAGAAAAAGAGUUUAGAAUGGCUAUGGCUCUAAUUUACUUCCAAGAAACGAUUGACGAGUAUGUUUACCUCUUUAUGGCUGAUGUCAUCAACACUUUGAAACGACGGAAAGCAGCUUGUAUUCAGAAUACACAAUCCGGGCUAACUUAUGCUAAACGACCAUUCAUCAAGUAUCCAGGCAAACAGGAGUUGUAG